AUGUCGCCCACUGACCUGCGCCCAGACGACGCGGUAGAUUCCGAUGUCGAGAGCGAAGGCGCCGACCUCCUCCAGGCCGACUCGACUGAGCGUUCGCCUCUGUUGCGAAAUGACCUUCCUCCAGAUAUCGUUCCGGCCAAGUCGUUCCGGAAUCGCGUUCUGCUCAUGUGCAUCCUCUCUCUCUUUAUCGUCGAGGUCAGCCAGUUCAUAAUGGAGCCGCCACUCCAGAAGAUCAUGGAAGACAUCAUCUGUCGCGACUACUACCCUGAUCACGCCCUUCGAGUGCCCCGCAUACAGGACAGUCGCUGCAAGAAUAACGAGGUUCAGAAGACGCUAGCUAUGGUGAGGGGCUGGACCCUGGCCUUUGAGAUGGCCACUCCCAUCGUUGCUCAAUUCCCCUUCGGCAUCAUUGCUGACAAGUAUGGCCGUCGCCCCGUCUUGUUCCUCUCGGUGUUUGGGUGCACAUGCCAAACUCUUUGGGUCAUGAUUGUCUUAUUCUUUCCAAAUGUUUUCUCCAUCUGGGCCGUCCUUCCCGGAAGCCUAUUCUACCUCAUUGGAGGAGGCGGGGCCAUGGCCGGAGCCAUGGUCUGGACCAUUGUCGCCGACGUCGUCUCCGUCGCCGAGCGAACCUCAGUGUUCUAUCAAUUGACUGCUGUGGCGCUUAUGAUCAACGUCAUCGUCAACCCAAUCGCGGGUUGGCUCCUUCAAUUCGAUCCCUGGAUCCCAAUGUGGCUGAGCUUUGGGUUCCUCGUCCUCGGAACGCUUUCUACGCUGCUUAUUCCCGAGACUCUGUCGCUUCGACGCAAGGCAGAUGACCGGCGACGAAAUGGAGUCAAUCAUGAGACCGGCAAUCCCGAAGAGAAUGAAAACGGGAAUGGCACGCUCAAACACCGUAUCUUGCAGCAGGCUUGGUUUACCGUCAAGAAUGACAUGGGACAUGUCUGGCGAUUCAUUUUUGCCUCGAGGAGCGUCAUGAUACUAAUCUUGGCCCUUUCUGCCUAUUUGCCCAUCAGACUAGCAUUCUCCAACAUCUUGCUCCAGUAUAUGACAAAAAGAUUUAACUGGGAAUGGUCUACGGCAACCUACAUUUCUACCGCUGGUAUCCUUGCGACCGUGGCCUCAUUGCUCGUAGUUCUUCCUCUUGCAUCAAUUUUCGUCACCAGGCGAUACCAGUACGGUCCUCUGCAAAGAGAUCUGUUUCUCGCGCGGAUCUCAAUUUUAUUCAUGGCAUCUGGACUUCUGCUCAUGACGGUUGCCGGAGUUCCAUGGUUGUUCAUCACAUCACUUGUCACCACAAGCUUAGGAAAUGGCUUCAGCGCAUUAUGCCGGGCGUUGUUGAAUGCCGUCGUUGAACCACAUACUGUUGCGACACUCAACACGACCAUUUCGCUUGCCGAGAUGCUCAUGGCCCUGGCCAGCGGCCCGGCGAUGGGCUGGUUGCUGAGUGAAGGGAUGGAGUACGACUUCGAGUACGAGGAAGAUGACGACGAAGACUCCGGCGAUGUCGACAUCGAGAACAAGUACUACAACGCGAAGCAGCUGAAGCUCUCCGACCCCGAGGAUGCGGUCGCCGAGUUCCUAGGCAUCCCCCCGCUGGAGGACGAGAAAGGAGAAUGGGGAUUCAAAGGCUUGAAACAAGCAAUCAAGGUGGAAUUUAAGCUGGGCCAAUAUGAAAAGACGGCUGAGCACUUCGCCGAGCUCUUAACCUACGUCAAGUCGGCCGUCACCCGGAACUACUCCGAGAAAUCUAUCAACAACUUGCUUGACUACAUUGAGAAAGGAGCCGAUGGACCCGAGGCCAUCCGAUGCAUGGAGCAGUUCUACUCCCUCACUCUGCAGAGCUUCCAGAGCACCAACAACGAAAGGCUAUGGCUGAAGACGAACAUUAAAUUAGCCAAGCUCCUGCUCGAUCGCAAAGAGUACGCAGCCGUGUCGAAGAAGUUACGAGAGCUCCACAAGACCUGUCAGCGGGAGGACGGCUCAGACGACCCCAGCAAGGGCACCUACUCGCUCGAGAUCUAUGCCCUGGAGAUCCAGAUGUUUGCCGAGACCAAGAACAACAAGCAGCUGAAGGCCCUGUAUCAGAGAGCCCUCAAGGUCAAGUCUGCGGUACCCCAUCCCAGAAUCAUGGGAAUUAUCCGAGAGUGUGGUGGCAAGAUGCACAUGAGCGAGGAGAACUGGAAGGAGGCGCAGAGCGACUUUUUCGAGUCAUUCCGAAACUACGACGAGGCGGGCUCGUUGCAGCGUAUCCAGGUUCUCAAGUAUCUGCUCUUGACGACAAUGUUGAUGAAGUCCAACAUCAACCCGUUCGACUCGCAAGAAACUAAGCCGUACAAGACGGACCCCAGAAUAUCAGCCAUGACGGAACUUGUAGACGCGUACCAACGGGAUGAUGUCCACACUUACGAGAAGGUCUUGGCGCGUAAUCAAGACAUCUUGGACGACUCCUUCAUCGCUGAGAACAUCGACGAGGUCACGCGUAACAUGCGAACCAAGGGUGUUGUGAAGCUGAUUGCGCCAUACACUCGAAUGAAGCUUGCGUGGAUCGCCAAGCAGCUCAAGAUAUCCGAGCCGGAGGUGCAAGACAUCUUGGGCUUCCUCAUCAUCGAUGGAAAGAUCAGCGGGCGGAUCAACCAGCAGGAGGGACUUCUCGAAAUAACAUCUGACGCUGACUCGGAGCGAAUCUUGGCUCUCCAGGGCUUGACCACAUCGAUUUCGGAGUUGUUUGGGACUAUCUUUAGGGACGGUGAGGGUUUCCGUAAUAUUGAAAACUCGACAGGAGAGGACCAGGGUGUGGACAUGCAAGGGAUCCCGAUUGGCAAGGGGUCAGGUGGCCGUGGGCCGGCUCUUCGGAGCAAGAAAGGCAAGGGAAUUGUAGCGGGCUGGCCAUGA